AUGCGAUCUGACUCAAAAGCAGAUGGCUCCACUGAGCAUGUUGAACACACUGCUGUCGUGGUUGGAAGCACAGAAACGAGCUCCACGAUUGACGACACAACGACGGAACACUACACGAAGUAUCCAAACCGAUGGUCAAGGGUUCGGGAGAUUAUCCGCGAGCCCGCUGCAGAGUUUUUCGGCACGAUGAUUCUGAUCAUCUUUGGAGCCGGCGUAGAUUGUCAGGUUGUGUUGUCUUCCAAUACUGCCGUUGCCCCGUCCCCGAAAGGAGACUAUCUCUCCAUCAACUUCGGAUGGGCGAUUGGCACAGCGCUCGGUGUUUGGUUCUCGGGCGGUGUGUCCGGGGGACACAUCAAUCCAGCGGUGACAAUUGCAAUGGCGACAUUCCGUGACUUCCCCUGGCGCAAGGUCCCAAUAUACAUCUUCUCUCAAAUCAUGGGUGCGCUGUGCGGCGCAGGGAUCAUCUACGCGAACUACAUCCACGCAAUCGACCUGUACGAGGGCGGUCGGCACAUUCGGACCGUACCCGGCACGGCAAGCCUUUUCUCGACAUAUGCACUGGAUUAUAUGACGUCUGUGUCUUGUUUCUUCGACGAGAUCGUCGGGGCAGCGGCGUUGCUCCUUGUAGUGUGCGCCUUCGGCGACAAAAACAAUGGACCCCCACCGGCAGGACUGGUCCCUCUCGCGUUGUUCAUCACGAUUCUGGGUAUCGGUGCCUCCCUGGGCAUGCAGACAGGUUACGCGAUUAACCCCGCCCGUGAUUUUGGCCCGAGAUUGCUGACCGCCAUGGUCGGUUACGGAAAAGAAGUGUUCACCUACCGCAAUCAGUUCUGGUUGUGGUGCCCGAUCAUCGCCCCAAUCUGCGGCGCACUGAUCGGCGUAUUAAUCUACGACACCUUCAUCUUCACUGGGGCGGAGAGUAUUCUGAACAGGCCGAAUGCACGCGCACGCGCACAUCACGAGCAGGCGCGCAACUUGGAACGACACAAGAUGCCCGCCUGCGUCGAGGAAAUCGUCUAA